CGCGCUCGCCAUCGAUUCCGGGAGAGGUGGGUAGAGGUCGGUCGCGAAUCGGGAGCGGGAGCGGCGCCGCCGUCGCUCGUCGUCCAUGGCUGGUGCUGUCAAGAAGUGGUGUUUGUAUCGUUGCGCGUCCGACGUCCGCGGGCGGCGGUGUUGAUGUGGCUCGCGCCCCGUUCCUCCUAAGUGCAUCGGCGGCGGCGUGCGAGGUGCGUCCCAAUGUUCACGGGGACCGUCCGCAUCAAAAUAUGCGAGGCUCAGGGCUUGCGGCCGACGGACUGCUCGAAGCGCCACAACAUGACGUUCGGCAAGGCGGCCGACGACCAGCUGAUGGACCCCUACGUUACCAUCGACGUGGACGACAUCCAUGUGGCCCAGAGCACCACCCGCCAGAAGACGCUCGAUCCCGUCUGGAACGAGUACUUCGAGCAGGCCGUCGAGAACGCCAAGACGCUCACGCUGACCGUCUUUCACGACGCCGCGAUCCCUCCGGACGUCUUCGUCGCCAACUGCAGCAUACCCUUCGAAGACCUCCUCAACCGGGACAAGGACGAGGCCGACUUCUGGGUAAAUUUAGAACCUAAAGGCCGUCUUCACCUUAGAAUAGACUUGAAGUUGACAACGAAAGAUUAUCAUGGAGCUAAGCCUCGCGAGUUCAAGGAACGCCAAGGAUUCAACAGAAGACGCGGCGCCAUGCGGCGGAGGGUCCAUCAGGUUAAUGGCCAUAAAUUCAUGGCAACUUUUCUCCGUCAGCCUACCUUCUGUUCGCACUGUCGAGAUUUUAUUUGGGGUUUGGGCAAGCAAGGCUAUCAGUGUCAAGUUUGCACCUGCGUUGUUCAUAAGCGAUGCCAUCUCUUAGUUGUUACAAAAUGUCCAGGAAUGAAAGAUGAGUCUAGUCAACAAAGUACAAGAUUUAAUGUGAACGUGCCGCAUCGUUUUGUAGUCCACAAUUACAAAAGGUUCACAUUUUGUGAUCACUGUGGUUCGUUAUUGUACGGUUUAAUCCGUCAAGGACUCCAAUGUGAAGUUUGUUCCUUAAACGUGCACAAACGCUGCCAGAAAAAUGUAGCGAAUAACUGUGGUAUCAAUACAAAACAAAUGGCUGAAAUUCUUUCCGAAAUAGGUGUUUCUCCCGAUAAGCAGCCGCUCAGGAAAAAUAGAUACAUGUCAGGUUCAGGAGCCAACGGCGCCAAUUUCGAAGGCCAAUCUGAAAAUCAAGCCCCAGAAAACGAAUUAGAAGGUGCAGAUGAACGGUUAACUAAAAUGAUGGAGGAGAAGUUGUCCAAUAACGGUGGUGAUUCUGCCGAACGCAAGAAUAAAUCAAAGAUAGGCCUUGAAGACUUCCACUUCAUUAAAGUAUUAGGGAAAGGUAGUUUCGGCAAAGUGAUGUUAGCCGAGAAGAAAGACACCGAAGAAGUAUACGCUGUGAAGGUGUUAAAGAAGGACGUAAUAAUCCAGGACGACGACGUCGACUGCACAAUGACGGAGAAACGCAUCUUGGCCUUGGCCGCCAAACAUCCAUUUUUGACAGCGCUGCAUUCGUGCUUUCAAACAAAAGACCGUUUAUUUUUUGUUAUGGAGUACGUCAACGGCGGCGAUUUGAUGUUCCAAAUACAGAGGGCCCGAAAAUUCGACGAGCCCAGAGCCAGGUUCUACGCUGCCGAGGUUACUUUAGCUUUACAAUUUUUGCAUAAGCACGGUGUCGUGUAUAGAGAUCUCAAAUUAGAUAAUAUCUUGCUGGACGCCGAGGGGCACUGUAAAUUGGCGGAUUUCGGAAUGUGUAAGGAGGGAAUUUUGGACGGGAUCACGACUACCACGUUUUGUGGGACUCCGGAUUACAUUGCGCCUGAAAUUUUGCAGGAAUUGGAAUAUGGUGCUAGUGUGGACUGGUGGGCUUUGGGCGUGUUGAUGUAUGAAAUGAUGGCUGGUCAACCCCCGUUCGAAUCUGAUAACGAAGAUGAUCUGUUUGAGUCUAUUUUACAUGAUGAUGUUCUGUAUCCAGUUUGGCUGAGUAAAGACGCUGUUAGUAUAUUGAAAGGGUUUAUGACGAAGAAUCCUAGUAGAAGGCUGGGCUGUGUGGUGGCACAUGGCGGCGAAGCUGCCAUUAGGGUGCAUCCGUUCUUCAGGGAUAUGGAUUGGGCCGCAUUGGAACAAAGAAAAGUUAAGCCACCCUUUAAACCAAAAAUUAAGAGUAAGAAGGAUGCCUUGAACUUCGACGCCGAGUUCACGAAAGAAGAACCGGUCCUGACACCAGUUAGUAACGAAAUCAUCCAUUCGAUUAACCAAGAAGAAUUUAAGGGUUUCUCAUUCGUCAACAGAGACUUCAAUCCUUCACGCUUUGUCGCUGAAUAACUUUACCAAACCCAUUAAUAUCCUUCAUUAUUGGUCCUUUAGUUCAAAUUAUCCGAUCGGGUAAAUCAUAAGCUUGAAAGCUUUAAUUUUUGUAAAACUUAAGGAAAGUAAUACGCCAGUACUCAUGUUACACUGUUAUUACUGAAAAUAUUUAUUAUAUGAAGAGAAGUUUAUUUAACGAUUGCAGAUACCAGAGUUUAUUUAGAUCGUUUAUAUUUUGUAUGUAAGUCAGAUCUGAGAUCGGUCUUUGAUAUAAAUUCUAUAUUAUAAUUUCUAAGCUAAAUAUUCGUUAGAGCCCCAUUUCAUUGGAGCUACAUCGUGCACAAAUCUAUUUUAAGGUGAUGACGGUUCGAUGAUUGUGAAGUGGGGCUGUUCGGGGUUUCUGUGAUUUUAUGCUGAGACGCCAGAAUUAUUGUAUUAACUCUAGUCACUGAAUGGCCUAUGCUCUGUAAAUAUCAAAAGAGUAAACCAGCAAGUCGGUCGAGGUUGGCCACUAUAAUGUUAAUUAUAUAUUAUGAACUUUUAUUAAAUUAACGCACUUCUGCAGAGCCUUAUAUUGCGGUUUGUUCUUCCGAGGCCGAACUUGCCCUUCAUAAGGACUCAUUCAUACAAUAUUGUCUUUCUGAAUUAUUAUUUAUUUGUAUUGUGAUAUUGUGGGAAUUUGCAAUAGAUUUAGUGUAGGCCGUUGCGCCAUUUUUUCAAACAUUCGUCGGUAUCGUAAAGUCUAAAACGUAAGUAAGUUCUUGCUUGGACAGCGACCCGCACUAGACAGAAAUAACAGUUUUAUCAGUCACUUGUACGUAACACAAAUACACGUAACGAUACAUAUUAGGGAAAUGUGCAUUAUUUUAAGAAAGCUUAAGUAGGUUGUUUACAUUUUACCAAAGAUUUUAUUUAUUAUUUUUUAAUGAAAUGAGUGUGCAAACGUUAAUACUAUGUAGUUUAUGUAGGAACUUGUAAUUUAUUUCGUCGGUUGCGUGCGAACGAUUUCCGCAAUGGCUUAGGACUGGUCUUUGCAAGAUUUGAAUGUGUGCGAGCCCUAACAAUUAGUUCAACUUUGAUCAUAGCAACACAGAGUGUUUCAGUUCAUUAUCGCCAUAACUAAGCUAUCUAGAGAACAUUGAGCUACAUUUCAAGGAAAUGUACAUAUUGUUAAAAGUAAAAAAAGAAAGUAUAUAACGUUUUAGAUAUUUAUUAAUGUGGAGCUUAGAGUAGUAGGUAAAUUAAUACAAUUAACCCACGCUAAUUUUAGUGUAUGUCUAGAUAAUAUCUAUAUCACAGAUCAGUGUUAGCACCGAGCUGUUCAAGAAUAACUUGAGGUUGGCAGUGUAAAUUAGUGAUUUAGUUCUCUAGUAGAGCAUCAGAGUCCCUUUCACUCGUUCGGUUUUUUGCCGUUAAGGCGCGUGCUUGCAUACGGUGUUGUGCCAAACCAUGUUCACCCUAAAACCCGCAGCCUUUCCGCACCUCCCACCACUGUCUAAACCCCACUGUCGCAUUGUUAUUGUUUAUAUCAUAUUUGUACUAGCAAUGUGUUGUAAAUGGUGUACCUAUUUCUCUGACGGUGUACUAAAUUAUAAAUAAACAUUAUUUAAUGUA